CUUUUACAGAAUCCCGAUCCAUCCCCAGUGCUUGAAUUCUCGUUAAUUUCAUAUCCAUUUCUGCGGAUCCCGCCGCCACGAAUCUGCCGCUAUAACGGAGACGUUCUCUACGCUCAUGAUUUUCAGCUAUGGUUGAGCUUACUUUAUCCACUGUCAGUAGGGGACCAAAUAAGUUUGCCCCUGCUCCCAAAGUCAGACCUCGGCCAGGGCGAGAACGGAUAAACGCACCUAAGAGUACGCCGGCUCCAGGCUCUGCGUCUGCGUCACAGAGCAAACCGACGGGCGCUUCUGGCGACCCAGUUUCUGUGGAAUCAGUUUCAGUUGCGCCUUCUGCUGUAUUAGUGUCCCACGAAGCAACCCCGCCAAUUCCAGCACUGUCUACGCAAAUCCCCUUGUUGUCUGCUACACCUCUCUCUAAUACCUCUCCACUUCCUUCAUCAACUGCCCCCUUACACGAUAAUAAUGAUGUAUCUUUUUUGGAAAAGCCAGUGUCCAGAGCUCCUGGUCCUUCUGUGAUUACUAGGUCGCUCGGACAUGCACAGAUGUUUCCUCGGGAUAUGGAUGAAGCGGGAGAGGGCAAUUUCAGUAGAUUAAACAAUCGGCCGACUGCACCCCCUAGAAUAGGCGCCGUCUCCGGAGCAUCGCUUCCCGUUCGCGUACCUAAAUUUGUGUCACGAGACAUCGACGAUGAAUUCGACGACGACUAUGUUCCGAAGUCCGUCUUGCGUGUAUUGGGUCCUCCCAAGAUUGGUGUCAGCAAUCCAACCAGCGUUGAAAAGCAAGGGGGGGCACUUCCGGUGGUGAGCGCUCAUGAAGACACUGUCGAGGAGUCACAUGUCCGACAACAGGGGUUAUCCGAUGCACUUCCUGAGCAAAUUCCGCGAAUAGGUCUUCGAAGGUCAAUGCGCGGAGAUCUUUCUGGUGAAGGCAACGAGGAUAGGUUGGAAGAGUCCCCAAUGGAUAUCGAUCUCGAUGAGUCCACCAUUCCGCAAGCCUCUAUUGGGGAUUUAAUAAAGCACAAGUUCCCGAAAGGAAAGCUAUCCAGAAUUGAGGAGCUUCGACAGCAACAACGUAAAGAACAAAGAAGGAGAGCGGGAAAGAGAGAAGGAACACCCAGCACAACCCGGGCCGAGUCUCCAGCUAUGUUUGAAGCUGUGGAUGACGAAGUGCCGGACAUCAAUUUGUCAGGUCCCAGACUUAUUAUGGUGGAUGGAAAACUGCAGGUCGACCAGGAUUCGCUUGUCAUACGGACCCAUGUGGAGGAUGAAGCAGAUCUGGAGCACGUUGAUGAAGGAAUGCAGCGCCACAUUACGAGCGCAUCAUUCCGCACAAGAAAAAGGCUUGGCAGGGUGAAAUGGACAAAGGAAAGGACCGACCGAUUCUAUGAGGGCCUAUCAUAUUUUGGAGCGGAUUUCAGUAUGAUCUGCCUGAUGUUUCCAGAUCUAAACAGAGGGCAAGUAAAGGCAAAGUAUAAUGCGGAGGAGCGUGUGAAUGGCAGAAGGCUCACUGCUGCUCUGUUGAAGAGACUGCCCCUGCCCAAAGAUCUAGUUGUGGAGAUGAAGGACCUGGUUCGACAACGAGUUGCAAAACGCAAAACUUUGGCUGAUGAAUCUGACGAGGAGGCAAUACCUGCGAUGAAGAGAAGUGCCGCAAAUACGCCCACCCUUGAUGGCGACGAAGCUGCUGCUACCCAAGAUAGAGAAGAUGGUAACUCCCAGCAGCUACAGCAUGCUGAUCGACGAGAUGGCGACGCGGAAACACAGGAAUCUAUAAAUCAUGAAGGGGAACGCGGGGCUGGCACGCUACUUGGUAGCAUCACUAUGGAUGAUGAUGGGGGUGUACCACUUUCGGUACCAGUUUCGAUGGGUCCUCCAAUCCGUCGCAACAUGGCUGCCGUCGGCGUCCGACCAAAGGUUGUACCUAGGGCGGCCGCAAGGAGGAAAAAGCAGGACAUUGAGCAAGCAGGGGAUGCAGCAGAAUCAUCAGUGCCGUCAGCACAAGUCGGAGAGCAAGAAGGGCCGCAAGGCGCCCAACCUGAAUUGCCAAUGGCAGUGACCAACGUGGUGAAGCUUUCCCGGCAACGAACUGUCCCCACCAUCGGCUCAGCGGCGUCCUCGGCCGCCUCAAGGCAAACAACGAAGAUAUUAACUCCAGCCAUGCGAGCACAGGCCGCGCGGACAGCUGCUUUGCGUAAUUUACCUGAAGGUGAUGCCACUGAGGAGCUCGUGCAGCAGGAUGAUACCCUGGCGGGCUCUGACGAUUUUGAAAGGGAAAACGGAGAAUAAGGUUGGACGUUACUAUUACAUCCAUCUUCAGAGAGUUCUUUGUAAAUAUUUCUGGUUGAGGAUGGGAUACUGGACACUCGAGGGUUUACUGUACACUACCACUGCUCGCUCACAUGCUAAUUUAGCAAUCUAGCUUUGCUUUUUGAUUCGAAUAUGUACAAAUAUUUCACAUUGCAAUUGCGUGACUUUAAUGAUGUAUUUCGAUUCUUU